CCGUCACGCGCGUUAACAUUGCCGGCGACGCCGCCCGCACUUUCAACACGACGAGAAGCGAUGUCGUCGAAGCGGCCUACGACCGCACCACUGCGGCCGACAUUGGUUCAAGCGUUCCCUGCCACAGUGGAGUUCGUGGACAUUGAAGCCAUGACGUGCUACCUGGUGUCGCUGUCGAUUCAAAACACAAGUCGCCACGUCGUUCGAUUUCGAUUGACGACGCCCACGUCCAAGUACUUCCGCUUGCUUCUGCACAACCAAGACCUGGGCCUUGUCGCGAACCCCACGCGCUCCAUAUCUCCUGGUCUGUCGAUCAAGUUCGACGUGGCCUUUCUCAUGGAAAUGGACGAUCACGUUCCCAUCGACCUCCACGACAAGAUCCACGUCCUGGCCGAAAACAGCGCCCCCAUCGAGAUCCCCCUGGUGGCCAAGCGCCCGGCCCCACAGUUGGAAUUCGAGUCGCUGGUCGACCUUGGCAUGGUGGUGCUAUCGAACCGGACGGCCAAGUACGUCAACGUGCGAAACUCAGGGGCGAAAGAGUGCUCGUUCCGGGUGGAAUUGGAAACGGGCCAGUCAACCCUUGUCGUGUCCCCCAAAGAGGGCGUGAUCCCCCCGUACUCAGAAACGCGGUUGAAAGUCGAAUUCAACGGGCGCGAAAUGGGCACCUAUCGAGCGAUCGCCACCAUCCACGCCGGCAACGACAAACAAUACCUCCUUGACAUCAGCGCCGUCGUGGUGGAACACAACAUCGAGCUGGUGUUCCCGACCGCCGAAGGGCUGUCCCCCGAUCCGGUGCGGGUCUUAUCGUUUGGGUCGCUGUACAUCGGAGAAAUGCGCAAGCUGGAGACGGUUUUGCGCAACAACGGGCCGCAUCCCGUGGGUUACCAGACCGGCAUUUCGUUCUCGGGGCGGCCGUUCCGCGUCGGUGAUGACCUGUCGAACCCCGAAGACGACGGCGAAAUAGAUGAGAAGAAAAAGGAACUCACGGUGCUUCCGAGUGAAGGCAUGAUCCCGCCGUAUGCGUCGGCACUGUUGACGUUUGUGUUCAAACCCAACAAUGGGUCGUUAUCGACCAAAUCCAAGGGACAACGUCAGGGGUACACGAGCGCCAAAGUGCCUGUGGCAAGCAAUAAUGGCGGCGACGGACACACCCUCUUGAAAGCGUUCGCAUCCAUCGAGUGCUCGGAAAUCAACCAAAAUCUCGCGAUUGAAAUAUCCGGAACGGCCGUGGCCCCCCACGUUGUGAUUACGCCGGACAGUUUUGACUUUGGGGAGUGCGCGUCUGGCAAGAGGGUCGACAUGAUGCUGAACGUGAAAAACGAAGCCACGUUGCCAGUGACGUUCAAACUCAACAAACUCGCGCACUUCGCCGCGCAUCCUUCCAAGGGCCGAUUGGACGUCCUCCAGUCGCAGAACCUCGUGGUCAGCUUCGUCCCGAGUCAAUUGGGGCGGUUUCAGACGACAUUCCACCUGGACAUUCAAGGCGGAAGCGUCGUCAUUCCCAUUCACGUCAAGGGAACGGCCACUAGCGUCGGCGACAAGAAGCAACUGGUUGGGGGCAUCGACACACUCCCCAGCGACUUUCGCCCCAAGUUUAACUUUAUGACGGUCGAUGACAUCAAGACCCAACAGAUAAAACCCAAGCCAACGUUUCACCGCAUGCCGCCGUUUGAAAUCGCCGCUCGAGAUGGGACGGCGGCCGUGGACGAGUACGAGUUUCAAGGAACCAACAACACGCAUUUGACGUACUGCGUCAACGAACUGGCCGACCGUACGCAUCACCGCGACGGAUACAACUCGAUCCUUCGGCAGUAUCGGCACGAUCGGCUGGUCAAGCAAGAAAAGUCCAAUCAGGUGCCGUCAAAUCCCGUGGAUCUCGGCAUGACGCCCCAGGGGGGGCUCGAAGGCCCCGACUGCAAAAUGCCCGUGGCCAAUGACCCGCUGUGGAUGCAAAGUGCGCUGGGCAACCGACGCGGGUCGUCGUCGUCGCCGUUCGACGACAACAAAAUCAUCAAGAAAAAGUUCAAACCGCUUCCCGUGACCCAAGCCGAAGUCAAGGACUGCGCCACGACCCUCACGUCCGAGCAGCUCAAGCAAAUCGUCGCCGGCCCCAAGACAAUCAAUUUUGGAAAAGUGUGUGUGCAUUCCGUGUCGAAAAAGUCGUUUAGCGUGACCAAUGACUUGCCCCACAACAUUUCCGUGCACGUGCACCUGGCGAACGACCACGACGAGCUCCAAGAAACGACGCCGCUGUCGCAGAUCGUGCCCACGGGUGCGACCGCCGGCUUUGACUUUACCUUUUUUUCCCGCAUCGAACAAGUGUUCCAAAAGUACGUCAACUACACCAUCAACGGCCAGCACUCGUUCAAACUGCUCGUGACGGCCGAAGUCGUGCCAAUCCGAGUCGAACUGUCGACGCCAGUGCUCGAGUUUGCCUUUGACGCCAACGACUUGAGCCCCAACGUUGCUCAGCAACUGGUCGUGAAAAACCCCGGCAACUCCGAAGCCAAGUUCAGCUGGGCGCCGGAACCGCAGCAUCCCCCUGUAGACUGUGCGUUCGAAGCGAGCCCCAAGCAGGGGACCAUCGCCCCCGGUGGCAGCUGUCCGGUGCUCGUAGCCUUUCACCCUCGUUUCAACGUAUCCAACCAGGCCACGCUCGUCGUGUCCGUCGACGGCGGCAAACCGGCGCAAUUGCACUGCGUGGGGCACGUGGUAGAACCCAAAUGCGUCGUGCGUGAGAAACGAGUCGAGUUUGGCACGAUCGCCGCGGGCAUCCCCAAGGAGAAAAGGGUGUUGAUUUCCAACCAGAACAUUGCGUCUGCGACUGUCUACUACGCGGAAAUCGAUCCCCCCACGCCAGGGUUGUCUGUGCGGCCGGUCGUUGGGGAGCUCAUGCCGGGGGAAACGGCCGAGCUGUGCAUCACGCUCGACAUUCUCCGCGCGCUUGUCUUGGAAGGGGUCGUGCUGGAGAUUAAGAUUCGAGGCGGGCGCACCAUCCGAGUGCCCCUUAGCGCAGACAUUGUCGUACCCAAUGUAUCGUUCAACACGUCGAAUGACGAGUUCAACUUUGGCGGGGUCACGUUGGGCGUGCUGGUCACGCGGGAGCUGUCCGUGACCAACCCGUCGGUAGUUUCGGCGCAGCUGGUGCUAGACUUCUCCCCUUUCGCCCCAGAGUUUCAGCUCGCCAUGCCGGUGCACCUCAACCCGGAAGUGAAGGACGACGUGCAUGCGAUUUUCAUUCCGGCGGACGUCGACCCCCCGUCCAAGUGGCAGCUCAUCGUGCCACCAUCCGCCACGCUCAAGUUUCACCUGCUGUUUCGACCAGACCGGAUCAUAAGCCACUCGUUUCCGUUCCCGAUCCAGUUGGAAGGGGUGCCGGCACGCAUGGACGCCCUCCACCGGACGGUGCAGGCCACGGGCCUCAAACCCCGAAUGUUGUUUUCCAGCUCCACUUUGGACUUCGAUAAACGAGUCAUCACGCGCGACAGUGUGCGCAAGAUUCCAUACUCGAUGGGUUUGACCUUGACCAAUGACGACCCGCAAACCGUCAAAUGGAGCAUCGACUUGACCAAAUUGAAGCCCAAGAAAAGCGUGUUUCACAUCGCGCCGUCGGCGGGCGAGUUGGCCUCUGGGGACAAGUGCACGAUCCGAGCCAGCUUCCUCCCCACCGAUGCCAUCGAAUACGCUGCAGAAGUGCCGGUGCUGCUCGACGACGUGCCUUAUGUGACACUCGCGCUGGUCGGCAAAGGAAUCCACCCACACCUGAGCUUUAGCGUGCCCCGCGUGGACCUGCCCACCGUGCCGUUAGGCAUCACGUCCACGGCCACGUUCUUCAUUUAUAGCACGGGGUACGACAAUUUGGAGCUGAGCUACCGACUACCGAUCGAUUUGUCGCGCGUACCGAUCACAGUGACAUUUCCGGACGGCAAGGCCAUUGGCAUUGCCAACCCGAAAGUGCAAAUUGACAUCAGUUUCAUGUCGACCAAGAGCAUUGCGUUCAACGCCAAGCUCGAGUUUUUCGAUGCCGAGGGCAGCCAGUUCGACGUGCCGCUGUCGGGGGCGACGGACAACUGUGUCUUGACCAACUUUGGCUUCGUCGAAGCCCACCGCAACGAGUUUGGGUUCUUCACCGACCCGGACCAGCGGUACCCCGUGUACUUUUUGGAGAAAUCGUACAUCAAGGCGCUGUCCAAGAAGCCGCUGCCGCCGCCGCCGAUCCAGACCAAAAUCGACGACGACAAGCAACUCAAGAAGGCCAAGAAGAAGACGGCGGCGGCGGUGGUCACCCCCAAGGAUAAAUCGACCCCCCCUAGUGCGGAAUUGGCCGCAGAAGUCGUCGAAAUCUCGGGCAAGUUGCUGCACAUGCCCCACGUCCACGAGCCAAAACUCGACGAGCUCGUGUUGCUCAUGAAGUGGCUCAACAUGAACAUCCUCAAGACGCCCAUGACUGCCUUUCCUAACGAUUUGGUCCAAACGGGAGGCCGACCAGUGUACGAGAUGCUCGAAAUCGUGUGUGGUAAGUCGGUACCUGGUCGGGUUAAGCAGUUGUCGGCCAACAAACGGGAGCAGGGCACGCAAAUGGUGGGGCAGUACGUGGAGCUGCUUCGUUUCUUAAAGUCCUACGGCGCACUCUUGAACGAUGUACGGCCAGAGCAGCUGCUCGACAACGAGCAGUACGUGCGGUGGAGCGAAGACGACGACAAGAACCAAGUCCACCGCCGGCUGUUCUUUGAAAAAGAGUGGCAUCGCGUGUCCUGUUUGGCCUGGACCAAAGUGAUUCUGCAAAUCGUCAAGUGCUUUGUGCUGUUUCGCAUUUCCACUAAGUCGUACGUGGCACUCCCGGGCAUUAUUAUGGCUGCUGCUGCUGCCACCAAGACAAACAUGGACGACACCAGUAUGACGCGUGACUGUACAAAGAGCAACGUGUACUCGGAGUCGGAGAUGGUGCUGAUUCAGUGGCUGCUCCAUCAUUCGAAACGCAUGGCGACGGUAGCGGAACCGCGCUUGAUCGUUGACUUGGAGCACGAUUUGAAGGACGGCGUCGUGCUUUGCUACGUGUUGAUGUCUCACGUUCCGACGUUGGCCAUCGAAGGGGGUCCGUUGUAUGGGUUUAACCGCAAACCGACGUCGAGCGAGCACUUUUUAGAGAACGCCACGUGCCUUCGCAACGCGUUGUCGUGUCUUGGCAUGGACUACGGCAUCCCCGCCGACCAAUUGUGCAACUUGAGCUUGCCGUCGACGGUGCUGCUGUUGCUGCACUUGUAUCAGAACGUCCCGCAGUUUAUUCCGAAAACCACGAUCGAAUUCAAGGGCGUGCUAGGCCAAACGGUCCAGAAGUCGAUCGAGUUGAAAAACCCAAGCAAGAAGACGAUCGUGUACGACGUGUUCUUGGAGGGCCAGGUGAAGGAGUUUAGCAUUUACAGCCACACGCUGACCUUGGAACCGGAGAAAAGCCAGAGCUUUCUCGUGGACUUCAAGCCCAAGUUUACGCGGACGGUGCAGGCGCGCCUGACGUUUCGCAGCUUGCGCGACGGACCCAACUGUGCCGCCACGAUGGUGUUCCUCCUCGAAUCGAAUAUUUACUCGAGGAAGCCCAUCCGCGUAUUCCAGGUCGACGCGGCCAUGUACGAGCGAAAGGUGGAGGACAUUGUGAUUGACAACCAAUUCCCGGUCAACGCCGUGUACAAGCUGACCGUGCUGCAGCAGCCAGCGUCAUCUCCUGCUUCUUUGUCCCAUGAAAGUUCCCAAGUUCUGCAGCAUAAAAAACACCCCAAAGACACUGACGAGAACGCGUGCAUGGACGGUCAGCUGCCGUUCUUCUUGCCGGACGUGGUCGGGGACGUCGUGCCGAUUCGGAAAGACGACAGCACGACUGUCAAAAUCGAGUUUCUACCGCUCGCUCCCGGCGUGUACAAGUGCCAGCUCUUGUUUCUAGACGAAAGCGUAGGCGAGUUCAUGUAUGAAGUGCACUGCACGGCGCACUUGCCACCGACGCUCGAGACGCUCGAGCUGACGAGCGACAACAAGCCCCACAUGCUCAAGGAAUUGAUCGUGCCGGCGCGGAAUCCAAUCCUCAACAAGGCACUAGCGGUCAUUGUCGACAGGUUUCAGGGCCUGGUCAAAGCCAAAGUCCGCGACGGGUUGCGCAAAUGCGAAGAUUGCCACCACACAACGUUUCACGCUGAAGUGAACUCGCCAUACUUUGUGUUGCAAAACUCGGAAGUGACGCUCAAAACCGGCUCGUCGUCCACCCCAGCCAAUCACGACGGGGACAAGAAGACCAACCAAGCCAAGCUUGUCACCCCUCGAGGCAGCCUGUCGUCCCCGACCAGUUUGAUGCUGGACUUCCAACCCCGGGGCGCGGGACUGUACAACUGCAAAGUGCUGCUGCGGUCCACGGCGUCCUGCGGCUGCGAUAUCCGCGUGUACGAGAUCCACGCCAAAGUUACGGACGUUGGCAUCAAGACCAUGCUCGAGUUUUCCGCGCCCGCUCGACAAACCAUCGUUCAAGACAUUCCAAUCGUCAAUCCUACCGACGACACGUGGAGUUUGCGUGCGACGUUGACCGGUACGUCGGGGGUGUUUACUGGUGCAGCCACGUUAGUUGUCCCCCCGAAAAAAGCCAACAACUACUCGCUGACGUUCAAACCGCAAUGGCUCGUGGCAGAAACGGGGUCGCUGUUGCUGCAGAACCCAAAGACGGGCCAGGACUUUGAGUUUGGCCUCAGCGGCAUCGGCGAAGAGCCUCUGGCUAUGCAGCACGUCGUGUUGCACUGCCAAGCGCGGCAGAGUCUAGUCCACGAGUUUCAAGUGCACACGUUUAAGUACGACCCCCCGGGCCCGUCGACGUUCACCGUCGAGUCGGACUUGCCGUACGUCGGGGGACCGUCGCAAUUGGUGCUACCGGCGCCGAAUGUCACGGCGCUGUACAAACUCACGUUCAACCCGCUCAUCGGGGGCACAUACUUUGGCAGCAUCACGUUCACCAACACCCGGACGAAUGAGUACUGUUGGUACACGAUCGAGGCGACGGUGGCCCCGCCUGAACCGGAGGCGACUCUGGAGAUGACGACCACCGUCCGGUCCAUGGUGGGCAUGGAAAUCAGUCUCGAGAACCCCCUGGAUCGCCCCGUCGUGUUUGACAUUGUACUCAAGGGAAACGGACUGUUUGGGCCGACCCAGUUUGCACUGGAAGCGCAGCAAACGGGCAUCUACCAGCUGCUGUAUUCGCCGCUACUUCCCAGCACCAACGCGACGGGGUCCAUCGGGUUUACCAACGAAGACGUGGGCGAGUUCUCGUACAUGCUGACCCUGCAUGCUACGCCGGCGCCGCCGAUCCAGCUCCAAGACAUGCUGUGCGCGGUGGGGGACGUCGUGUCGCAGCCCAUCACAAUCACCAACCCCAUGGAUACCCCCAUCCCGUUAGACGUGAUGCUGAGCAACACGAGGAACUUUCGCAUUCGCGACGAAGACAUCGUGGUCAAGCCCCUGAGCACAUACACAGCCAUCUUGGACUACAUCCCGAGCAGUUUGUCCGAUUUUGAGUGUGCCGAGAUUCAGUUUCUCAAUCCAGACGUCGGAACGUGGGAGUACAAAGUGCAGGGCAAGGGCAAACCGCCGAGCUUGAUGAAAACCACGUUGGUGCAUGCGACGGUGGGCGAAGCAGCGAGCUCUCUCUUUUCGUUUCGAAACCCAUUUCCCGACGCGUUAACCGUGGAAGUGACGAUGGUGCAAUUGAGCCAACACGAAGACGGCAAAGUGAUCAUGGAACGACCACCCGGAACCAGCGGAAGUCAGUCGGGGCACAGCCCCACGGGGGUGAGUCGGCAGCGCCUCCGUCCGCACUCGGCGCUGCCGCCCGUGUUUGACAUUUUACUGAAAAAACCCAAAGUGACGUUGGAAGGGUUUGGUACUCUUCAAGUUCCGAUUUCGUUUUUGCCAAACUUCGUGUCGGAAGCAGGCGCCCACAUCAUCAUCAAAGGCGACAAAGAGCUCGAAUGGGUGUAUCCUAUUCGGGGAAUCGCCCAAGCCCCAGCAAACCCACGGGCAUACUCGUUCGUGUGUCGGGCGCGGGAGUCGUGCGAGAAGAAGCUUAGCUUGGACCUACUCGCGCUGGAAAAGGUGACGCUGGACGAGCGCUUUACCGUCGAGUGGGACAUCCCCGAGCCCCACAGCCGUGUGAUCGAACGCACUCUGACGGUCACGCCGCUCGUGGACAGCAUCGCGUCCGUCACGACGCCACUGGAGUACCUCGUUCGAUUCGACCCUCUCAAGCCCAUUCGACUCACGGUCGCGUUGGUGGUGAAGAAGCGAUCGGGUGGACUCUGGCGCUUUGACAUCCACUUGGACGCGUCCGAUCCAGUCGUGGACGACGUGCUCACGAUCGAAUCAGCCCUGAAUCAGACGUCCAGUGUGUCCUUCAAGCUUACGAAUCAGUUUCGCGAAUCGGCGCCGUUCCAAGCAGAGUUUACGCCGGGGUCAUCCCAGGCCUUUACCGUAUAUCCUGUCGAAGGACUGUUAGCCGCGUACGGGACCGAAGGCACGUCGUUUACGAUUGCGUUUACCCCCACCGGAUACGGCAAAAUGUGCUCGGGGCAGCUGGUCGUGCUCACAGACGAAAUGCAGUGGACGUUUAAUGUCAAGGGCACCCACCCAGAGUACAAAGUGCCGCAAGGAGAAGCCAAAGUGUACACGAAAGGCAGCAAAAAGUUGAGUCCCCCCAGCAGUACGAAGAAGAAGAAAAUAUUUGGACGCAAGUAGUUUAGAGAAUCGAUUCGAACGUUACAAUGAAAAUUCGCAUUCGAGAUUGUACCAGUAAACAUCACAAAAG